UCCCGCCUGCCGAGCCGCGGCUGUUGUUGUGACAGGGACCGUGACAGCGACAGGCCCGGCACGAGCCCCCGCCCCCCGCACACGGGCCUCGCCGCCUCUGGCUUCGCUCCCUGCCCGCCUGCACCAUGAAGUGGAUGUUCAAGGAGGACCACGCGCUGGAGCACAGAUGUGUCGAGUCCGCAAAAAUCCGAGCCAAAUACCCCGACCGUGUCCCGGUCAUAGUGGAGAAGGUCUCAGGAUCUCAGAUUGUUGAUAUUGACAAGAGGAAGUACUUAGUUCCGUCUGACAUCACUGUGGCCCAGUUCAUGUGGAUCAUCAGGAAGAGGAUUCAACUGCCAUCUGAGAAGGCAAUAUUCCUCUUUGUAGACAAGACUGUCCCACAAUCCAGCUUAACUAUGGGACAACUUUAUGAGAAGGAAAAGGAUGAGGAUGGAUUCUUGUAUGUUGCCUACAGUGGAGAGAACACAUUUGGUUUCUGAAUGGUGGGUCUUGGCUACUGUAUCAUCCUGCUGUGUAUCUUGUAAAUAGCUGAUCAUUUUCUGUUCUGACAUCCUCAGAAGUUCCUUCUAUAUACAUGCAUUUGUAACUGGAUUUAUUUCUUAAUAUAUUGCUAGGUCUUGUUUUAUUAGACUGUUAAAUUAUAAAAAGAAAGUUUUGUUAGUUUUGUGCAUUAUUUUUUCUCACAGCUAUGAAUUCCCAGAGCCUCAGUUCUUUGGGGGUAUACAUUUGAUGACAUUGAUUAAAUAAUAAAGCAAAGUAGUUGGGCUACUAAAACAUGAAGAGAAGAACACACAUUUAUUCUGUUUUGAGAUGUUGGUGUAAGAAAAAUAAAAAGAAUAAAUUAGUAUUGGAAACACUGGAUUUGCUAGCUUAUCCAAAGCCAGGAGCAAGAUGCUGAUCGUGUUGAAUUGAGCUGGUAUGUUCCUUUCUCAAUGAACAAACAAGUACAAUAAAAAUUCCUGUCACAAA